GUGGUGCUGCUACUUGGUGAGAGACAGGAUAGGAAUCGCGGGAGGUUAAUACUCUACUAGAUGAAGUUUCCUAAGGCGUACUUUGAUUAAAAAUUAACUUGGGAGCUUUUGCCUGCCACCAUGCGAGUCUGAUGUUAUUGUUGUCCCGCCCAUGUGCAAAGCCCAAAUCGAGACGCGGGAGGCGAAAUCAAGGCUCAUCACGGUAGUUCUAGUUGCUGCUGAAUGUGCACUUGAUGGAAAGUUAUUUGCAUAGAAGCAUGUUGUCUUUUGAAUCCUCUUCCUAACUACAGUGUAACGCCACGGCGAGACUGCACCUGUUCAAUCGUGUGCCGUGUCCUGAUCUUGGUGCCGUGCUCGUGAGCCAUAAUGGACGACGCUCCCUUCAGCCGCAGACAGUGGGCGUCCCAGUCGGUGCGCGUGACGGCCCGCGAACUCUCGCUGGUCGGAGGCCGCGGGAAGAGCGCCGCCAUCGCCGAACGAUUCUCAAAAUACCAAAGGGCAGCAGAGGAGGCCAACGCAGACAAGAAAAAGCCUCAGCUAGAGACUGUGCCCACCAGCCUGCGUUCGGGCAACCUGAGUGUGCUGAAGAAGCGCUGGGAGCUGCCCAAACAGCAAGAGGCGCCCUCUGCCCCACCGCCCGCCACCACCUCCACACCAGCACCCGCCGGCCCACGCACUCGCUUCACCCCCACCACCACCACCGACACCGACACCCAGCCCCUGGUCCAGGCCCAGGCCACCCAGUCCAAACCUAAACCCAAGCCCUCUGCGGCCCAGCCUGAACCCACCACCACCACCUCCUCUGUCUCAGCCUCGUCCUCUGUGGCAGCCUCUACUUCAGCAGCAGCAGCAGCAUCACCUCCAGCUCCCUCCCAGAGCAGCCUCCGGCGCUCCGUCUCCCUCAGAACCCCGCCGCGCGCCCUGGAGAGGACCCCAGAGGAGAAAACAACUGCUACUGCUAGAGGAGGAGGAAGUGGAGGCCGAGCGAUGGAGCGAGGAGCCCUGGAGAGGCCACUGGAGGAGGAGGAGGAGCAGGAGGUGGUGUUGAAGGAGAGGUUGGUGUUGAGGAGGGGCAGUGGAGGAGGAGGAGGAGGAGGAGAUGGCCCUCUCAGCCCCCUCAGCCCCCUGGAGAAGCCUAGUGUGCCCCUCGGCAGCCUCAAGAUGAUGUUCGAGAAAGGGGAGACCAAGGGCCGAACAGUCAGCAGCAGCACCUCCUCUGAAGACAUGGAGAUGCGAGCCGGAGACAGAGGUCUGUCUUCACUGGAGACCACUUCUCUGCGUGACCGGAUGGCCAAAUAUCAGGCUGCAGCCACUAAACCGACACGUACAAACAGCCAAUCAGAAGUAGACUGCAGCAGUCCGAGCUCAGCUGACCACAAGGAGAAUGUACCUCCAGGCAGCGUUGGAGUUGGAGUGAGCCUAUUCUCGGACAUGAACGGCACCAAAACUAAUGGAGUGAAAGGUGGUGACUCACCGAACUCUAGUGGCGGAAGCCCAGCCAGCGACGCCCCCAAGCCAGCCAGAAAGUUCCACUUGCCUGUGAGGGAGACGUGCAUGUCGUGCCUGAAGACGGUCUACCCGCUGGAGAAGCUAGUGGCCGACAAGCAAAUAUUCCACAACACCUGCUUCCGAUGCAGCCACUGCAACACCAAGCUCAGCCUGGGCAACUACGCCUCGUUGCACGGCAACGUCUACUGCAAGCCCCACUUCAACCAGCUCUUCAAGUCCAAGGGCAACUACGACGAGGGCUUUGGCCACCGGCCACACAAAGAGAUGUGGACCCCGAAGGAAGUGGAGGAAGAGGAAGAGGAUGGCGACGAAGGUGCCGCAGAACGUCGCAAACAACAACAACAGCAACGUCCAGCGACGGCACCCACUGCCACUAGACCCACCGCCCCAGCAGCAGCAACCACCACCAACUCCACGAAUGACAGCAGCCCCGUGGUGGAGGAGUCUCCCCUGGCCAAAGUCACGGAGCUCACCGCCUCCCUGGAAACCCGUGCCCAGCGAGGGGCCUCCUUCGACAGGCCAUCUGCCGACCCCACCUCCCCUGGCUCCGAGACCCGCAGGCUGAAGGUCGCAUGGCCCCCUCCAUCCGACGUCAUCGGGGCGGCUGCCCGGGGCUCUGCCGUGGCGGAUGGAGAGCUGGCCGGAGUCAAGGUCUUCCGGGGCAAGUGGCCUCCGGAGGGAGACAGCCUGGCGGCGCCGGCGCCCAGCCCCGAGAAGGCGGAGCUGAAGAGCCUGAGGCGCAGCUCCUCGCUGAAGGAGCGCUGCCGGCCAUUCACGGUGGCGCCCAGCCUGAGCUCCUCCGCCAGUCAGAAGCCGGAGCAGCCCCAGCGCCGGCCCCUGCGCCGCGGCCUGGAGCGGAGGAACUCUCUGGAGGAGCUGAGAUCAGCACGCAGCGAGCGCUACGCCACGGAUGAGCAGGACAGAGAAGAGAGGAAGACGAGGGUGGAGGAAGAGGAGGAGGAGAAGAAGAAGAGGAAGAACUCCCAGGUGACCAACGGAGACAUGUCUGAUGAGGAGCAGAGCGAGGGACGCUCGUCGUCGGGACGCGGUGGCGAGGAGAAGGCCAGACCGACGGCCUCCGCGCGGUACCAGCUGCAGCAGCGUUCCCAGGACAAGGAUGAAGAUGAAGAAGAGGACGAGGCCGAGGAGAUGGAGUCUCUGCCCAGCCGUCGCAGCACGUCCCCGGACGUCUCCACCUCGCUGUCCCCCUCCAGCUCGGCCGCCGGCACCAAGGCCAACCGCACCUCCCAGGACGUGGGCUUCUGGGAAGGGGAGGAGGCCGAGGCGGAGGAAGUCAAGGAGGAGCUGAGCAUCGAGGAGAUGAUCAAGAGGAACCGCUGCUACGAGGAGGAGGACGACGAGGAGGACGAGCUCGUCUAAAGCAGCAGCAGAGGACUUGGUUUAUCUUUUUCUCUACUUUUUCUUCCUUCUCUCAGUCUUGUUUUGCUCUCUCUCUCUCUCUCUCUCUCUCUCUCUCUCACUCACUCACUCACUUCCCCUCUCUCGUCUAUCUUUCAGAAUGUAAACAAAAAAACAUCUAUUACUUGUGGAAAAGCAGUUAAGAAAA